AUGGAAUCGAUUAAAAAAGACAUUUCUACUAGCAAGCAUGAAGAACUCAUAAAACACAUUUCUGCUGGCAAGUAUGAAGAAGUCAUAAAAAUUUCCGAGGACUUGGAGUAUACUCUGGCCCUUGCACCAAACAGUGAAAUUCCAAUUGAAGAAGUUUACGCUCCUUAUCUUGCAGCUUACUUAAUUCUUAAUCAACUACCUGCCGCAAAAUUUCUUUGGAAGCGCAUUCCGGAACGGCAAAAAACAGAUGAAAUUCGUGCCAUUUGGAAUGUAGGCACAGCACUAUGGAAUCGUGAAUUCGAGAAUGUGUAUGGACUCAUUGAGGGAAAGCCAUGGAGUUCGUUGGUUGCGCCAUUGAUGACUAAAUUAGCUGAAUUAGUACGCGAACGCGUUCUUGAUCUAUUGUCCGAAGCUUAUUCAUCAAUUGCCAUUGAUAAAGCAGCUCAAAGGCUUGGGUUGCCGCAAGAACAACUAAUACAAGUCUUGACCAAUCGUGGUUGGGUGCUCGAUGCCGCAACAAAGACCCUUCAGCCAAAAACACACAAAACUGAAAUCGUGCAAAAUACCUCUUUUACUAAUUUCUCACGGCUCACAGACUUGGUGAUCCAAUUGGAAAAGUCGUAG